AUGGCGGCUCCCAGCGCCACGCCGCCUCUCCUCCUCACCAAGCGCCUCAACGCCUUCCUGCACUCCCACCAAAGCGCCCAUCUGCCGACCCUCCUCCUCACCACCUCCCAGGGCAAGCUCCUCGCCCACGCCUCCUCCCAGCCCGUCACCGUGCUGCGAACCCACGCCACCGUCGCGGCCUCUCUGCUCGCCAUCCACACCUCUUCCUCCGCCGCCAUUCCCUCAGCCCUGCCCGGAUCGCGCACGCCCGAUCCCAUCGUCAGCUCCCCCGGAAGCCCCCAUGGUAGCGACCACUACCAUGACCUCGACGAGCACAGCAGCCAGGGCGACGCGGCCGAUCCAUCCGACCCCACGCGGUCCAGAUCCAGACAUACCAUCCGGCCGGUCACUAUUACUGUCCAGCUCAGCGAGGGAACCGUUCUCAUCCGCCGUCUGAAAUGCGGCCUACUCUUUGUGUGCGUGGGCCCUGCGGCGUAUAACCUGCAGGACCACUCAUCAUCGCACACGCAUCACGAAAACGGCGAUGGGGUCGGCAGUCCCAGCGAGGUUGAAAGCUUGAUCAGCGCGGGUGGACUGACGACUUCGAGCUUGGAGAGCGCGAGCGCUGCGCCUGUGGUUGCUAUGAGGAGACACGCGGCAGAACUGGCGCGGUGGUUGGAUGAGAAGCUUGGGACGUUGAGAGUGCCCGAGGAGGGCAUUGGUGUCAUUGAUCUGCAUGGACCGGCGCAUGUAUAG